CGGCCAGCUAGGGCCUGCUGGCUGUUGCCCUCACUAGUGCAGGGACAUGGGGAGAGGAGACUGGGGCCACCCUGGACAGGGGAGCCCAUGACCCGCGUGUAGAAGGCAGCUUUGACUCGGCUCCAGCCGGCUGGGGAAGAAAACAGACUUGAAAGGUCUUGUCGGUUUACCCAGGAAUCCCCAAGCCCUCAUCUCUAAGUGCGGGCUCAGAUUCCCGAAGUGGAGUAGAGAGUUAGGGGAGUGUGCUGGUGGGCCUGACAUCUGGCUGUGUGCGUGUCCUGGGAAUGGUGUCCCGCUGUCAGAGAGAAGUGACACAUGGUGAGAUGCAGGGGCCACACGUCCCGAAGGCUGAGGGAUGAGGAAUUGACCGGAAUGCAUCGUGCCUUUGGCUGUGUGCCAGCCUCCCUCCCAGUCUUGUGGGUCAUGUACUCACUCAAGAGCUACUGGAUGAAUCCCCGUCCUGUGGAAAGUGACACUCUGCAUAAAACUCUUCAGAUAAUUUCAUUUACCAAAUAGAUCCCUUAGUUGAGAGUCUGGGGACCAGACAGACACCGUCUCAGCCUUUGGGGACAGAGGGAAAUGCCCCUGCCAGGCCACUGGAUGAACCGUGAGUGGCAUGAAGAGCUGGGAAGGACAAUGAGGCAAGGAAGGGUAAUCUGACAUCUUAAAGAUUUUUCUGCCCCCGAGGAGGGCACAUUUCAAGGGAACACAGGAUGUGAAAGCAGGCGUCUCUAUGGAUGGCAGGCCAGCCCAUCCCCCUCUGAGAAGACCAUGACAUCUGCCAAUCUCCUGGGGGUUUCCCUGUUCCCCAGCGAGACUUCUACUUCAUCUUGUGCCAUGGGAAAAACCUGAAGGGACGGCGGGAUUGCUCUCGAGUGUGUGGCUUUUCCCACGGUCACGGUGGUGCUGACAGAGCAUGACAUUGGGAGACCACUUCCUGCCGCCGUCUGUCAGAGUCCCACCAGGGAACACCCUUCCUCGUUCUCUCCUGCACUGGGGCCUGCUCGUUUCUGUAUCUGUUGCCGGUGCCUUCACACCCCCUUCUUUAAACACAAGACGCCCUUCAAGUCUUCCAGCACGGAGUGUGUGCCCCGGAGGCCUCGCCCAUGGCUCGCUGGACCAGCCGUCCAAGGCCAUUACCAUGAGGCACUGCAUUAACUGCUGCAUACAGUUGUUCCCCGACGACACGCACAGACAGCAGGCCGGCUGCCGAGCAGGCCCCCGCCCUGGUCACCAGGAGGGCCCCGUGUGCCAAGGAGAGGACAAGAUAGUGUUCUGCGUAGACGGGAAGCAGAUGAACUUGCUUGCUGUUCUCGAAGUGCGGGCUGAAGGGAGCGAGAGCUGGGGUGGGCUUUUGCGCUUCAGGAAGGGGAAGCGAUGCAGCCUCAUCUUUGGACUGAUAAUAAUGACCGUGGUGAUGGCCUCUUACAUCCUUUCAGGGGCCCACCAAGAGCUUCUGAUCUCCUCACCGUUCCAUUAUGGACCUUUCUCCAGCAACCCCGGCUGGAUGGAUGGCGAGAACCCGGCCGAGGCGAGGGAGCCUCACCACCAGCCCUCUGUAAAUAACAUUUCCUACUCGAAGGACUACCCGAGCGUUAAGUUAAUCAUCAGCAGCAUCACAGCCCACAUCGAGUUCACCACCAGACAGCUCCCAGACACAGAAGAGCUCAAAAAGCAGGAAUCGCACAUGUUUUCAGUAAUCCCCAGUAAAUUCCUUCCGAAUAGCAAGAGCCCGUGCUGGUAUGAGGAGUUCACGGGCCGGAACACCACCGACCCCUACCUGACCAACUCCUACGCGCUCUACUCCAAGCGCUUCCGCUCCACCUUUGACGUGCUGCGCAAGGCCUUCUGGCGACACCUGUCCCACGCCGCCGGCAGGCACUAUCGCCUGCGCUGCCUGCCCGGCUUCUACAUCAUUGGGCAGCCCAAGUGUGGCACCACUGACCUGUACGACCGCCUCCGGCUGCACCCCGAGGUGAAGUUCUCCGCCAUCAAGGAGCCACACUGGUGGACGAGGAAGCGCUUCGGAAUCGUUCGCCUGAGAGACGGGCUGCGGGACCGCUACCCCGUGGAGGAUUACCUGGACCUCUUUGACCUGGCCGCACACCAGAUCCACCAAGGGCUGCAGGCCGGCUCUGCCAGAGAGCCCGGCAAGAUGAGUAGAAUCAUGAUCGGGGAGGCCAGCGCCUCCACCAUGUGGGACAACAACGCCUGGACCUUCUUCUACGACAACAGCACGGGCGCCGAGCCCCCCUUCCUGACGCAGGACUUCAUCCACGCCUUUCAGCCGGACGCGAAGCUGAUCGUCAUGCUCAGGGACCCCGUGGAGAGGUUGUACUCCGACUAUCUCUACUUUGCAAGUUCGAACAAGUCUGCAGACGACUUCCACGACAAAGUGACAGAGGCCCUGCAGCUGUUCGAGAGCUGCAUGCUGGACUACUCCUUGCGCUCCUGCGUCUACAACAACACCCUCAGCAACGCCCUGCCUGUGCGGCUGCAGGUGGGGCUGUACGCUGUGUAUCUCCUGGACUGGCUCACCGUGUUCAGGAAAGAACAGUUCCUGGUCCUUCGCCUGGAAGACCACGCCUCCAACGUCAAGCACACCAUGCACCGGGUCUUCCAAUUUCUCAACCUCGGGCCCUUAAGUGAGAAACAAGAGGCCUUGAUGACCAAGAGCCCCGCGUCCAACGCCCGGCGUCCCGAGGACCGGAGCCUGGGGCCCAUGUGGCCGGUCACGCAGAGGAUCCUGCAGGACUUCUACGAGCCUUUCAACGCCAGGCUGGCGCAGGUCCUGGCCGACGAGGCGUUCACCUGGAAGAAGACGUGAGGCCGGCUCCCACCGCUGGCCUGGGUUUGCUGUCACCGCGAUUUAUAAGCCUCUUUCUGAGGGGGACCACUGUACUCAGAGUGAGGAGAGAGCCUGAAUUCGAGGCUUCUUUCCCUCCCAGGCUCUUGUUUAUCAUGACCGUCCAGAAUUUCCUUUGUGACCUUGAACAGCCAGCUCCAACCCUCUCGACGCCCCUCUGCCCGAGGCUGCCAGAAGCCCCCCUGCUGGACAGAUUGCCCUCUGUUCCUGGCCGGGGGCCCCUGCUCCUGGGGUGAGGCUGGUGAGCACCGCUCCGGGAGCUGGGAGGGGACCCCCUGGCCUGACACUGGACUGUUCUGGGGUCCAGCCGAGCGUGCUCGGGGUCAUGCCGUGGGGCCCGCCAGCGCUCCCCCCUCACAUCCAGUUCUGGAACACUCUGUGGAUCAGUACUCACCUGGCAGGGAUGGAAGUGUUUUCAUCCCCUGCACUGCCUUUUAUUCCACAGUCAGCCCUUCAUUCCCUUCAGAGAUAAACCCUGUUGCCUCUCGGACCACCUCCCAUUCUGUUUUCAUGGACUUAGGUUUCAUGUAGAGAGUUAAACAGGCUCUCCUGCCUCUUUAGAAGUGUGCUCCAGAGCUUGUUUGGUUUAUAAUUGGAAUAGCAUUUGAUUUGUAGCUGAAGGGGUGACUGAGCA